GUGACCUUUAAACCGGACACACUCGAUGUAAACACAGCGUACGUUUGGAGGUGAGAGUGUGACUUCGGCUGCCGACGUUAAAAAUGUCUAAAAACACAAGAAUAGCGUUGAUCUUCGGAGGUUUUGUGACCGUGGUGGCCGCUGCGUUUUACCCGAUAUUCUUCUACCCGCUCACGCACAAAAACGAGUACAGAGAAAUCCAAAAGGUGAACCGGACGGGAAUCAACCAGGCAGAUAUUCAGCCUGUGGGUGUGAAGAUAUGGUCAGAUCCCUUCAAGCCUGCAGGAAAAUGAUGAUUUCCAGACACUGAUGCUGACGAAGACUUCGAACAGAGAGAGAAAACGACUUUUGGACGAGUGCUUGGUGUGUGAAUGCGUUCGUGAGUGUGUGUUUUAUUUUCUUUUUGGUUGUCAAAUGAUGUAUAAAUAAAGUUUAAAGCUCUUAUGACUAACACACGAUUCUUUAAAAUGAUUGCUAGUUCUCUUACGUCCACAAGGGGGCGCUCCCUGCCUGUGUGUUGACACAAAAGGCACUGGACUGGUGUGUGAUGUUUUGUUUGUGCAUCUUAGAAUAUUUUGGAAAAACGUUUGUAUUUCCAAAAAAGCCUCGCUCUGGUAUGCGGCCUGUAGGAAAUUAUAAUAAAAUACAGUGGUUUGUUUACCCA